AUGGCAGCCCAAAUUCGAGCCGAUAUCGUACGUCAUGUAUCAAACAAUUGGAAAAUGUUGAAAUGCUAUACAAUGGACAGGGCUGGCGUGCCUUAUGAUUCGAAGCGACUUUACAUUGCUGACAUGAGCCUGCCGCAUAUUUAUGGCACUACGUGUGAGAUCAUGGCAGCUGGAGAAAUAUUUCCUUACGAAUUUCAACUGUUUCAAAAUGGAAUUGUCGUUGGUAGGUUUGGUGAGGCCUUGGAAGGAGUUAAAAAAAUUCGCUUCAAUGGGAAUUUCAAUGAAGGACACUUUGAUGUGUUGAUUCCAAUGGUUGAGGUGACUUAUACGACAACUGUGAACGCCGAACUAGAAAAUAUAGUCAUCGAGCCUGAAGCAGAAAGUGCUCUCGAAAAUGAUAAGGUUUUUACAACUGAAUCUCAAGUUGACGUUGGUUCAGAUAUUUCUCAAGAAAAUGCUGAUGUGCCUUAUGGCAAAAGAAAGCGCAGAAAGAGAUUUACGCACAAUUUGAGAAAAAGACAAGUAAAGCUGGCUGUUAGAAACUACAAUGAAAAGCACCCUGAAAGCCAUCGCGCCGCGGUGAGCAAGUACACUAAAGCUCACCCUGAGAUACAUAGAGCCGCGGUCCAUGAAUACACGAAACAACACCCUGAAAUACAUAGAGCAGCGGUCCAUAAAUACACGAAACAACACUCCGAGAUCAAUAGAGCCGCGGUUCGUAAAUACGGAAAAAAACAUCCUGAAAUAAAUAGAGCUGCAGUGAGUAAGUCCGCCAAAAAUAACCCCCAAGUCAAUGAACAGGCAGUAGGCAAUUAUAAUAAAAAAGCAUGGAAAGAUAAACUUAUGUCUGGCUGUAAUUACGACCCUAAUACCGACUACCGAAAUGACAAAUCGGUUGAACUCGGACCGCGUAAGACAUGUGAAUUCUGUAAUGCUUAUAAAUGGCAAGAAGAUCCGAAUGGUAUGUGUUGUAGCAGUGGAAAAGUGCAGCUUCCAGUCAUUGAACCCUAUCCAGAGCCAUUGAAAAGUCUCCUUACCCGGCAUCAUCCCAUGUCUGAACACUUUCUUUCUUCAGUGCGCCAGUAUAACGGAUGCUUCCAGAUGACGUCUUUCGGAGCCAAGGAAAUAAAGGAAGGUAAUUAUAUGCCCCCAUUCAAAGUUCAGGGACAAGUGUAUCAUCGAAUCGGGAGCCUUCUGCCUGACCCUCAACAAAACCCUGCUUUUCUACAAAUUUAUUUUGUAUGCGAUGAUGAUAGAGAGUGUGAUCUUAGGUGUGGAAUCUUCAACGGUCUUAAACCUGAAUUGGUGUUUCAGCUACAAAAAAUGCUUCACAAAAUCAACAAAUACAUAAUUGAUUUUAAGGCCGCUAUAGACUCAGUACCUGUAGGGCAAACAGACUUUAAGGUAAUCAUAAGCGCCAACAAAAUGCCUAUUGGAGAGCACCCUGGUCGAUUCAAUGUUCCAGUAUCAAAGGAAGUAGCUGUGCUCAUAGUCGGACAGCAUUUUGAAAAACGAGACAUUGUCAUUCAUGGAAGAGACAACAGAUUACUGCGCAUAAGCGAGACACACCAUGCCUACGAUGCUCUUCAAUAUCCUUUGAUUUUCUGUCGUGGUGAAGAUGCCUACCAAAUAAAUAUACCCCAAUGUGACCCAAAAACUAAACAAUAUCUUAAAAAGACUGUUUCCGCUGCUGAUUUUUAUAGUUACAGGCUAAUGGAGCGAAAUGAUGAGGAAAACUACAUAAUACUAUUUCGUAGCCUUUUGAACCAAUUUUUAGUUGAUACGUAUGCGAAAAUAGAGACUGAGCGGCUUAAUUAUGUUCGCAAUAACCAAAAGAAACUAAGGAGUGAGGAGUAUGUUCAUUUAAAAGAUGAUAUUGCAAGAACCGACGGUCGUACUUCUGAGUUAGGGUAA